AUGCAUGUGCAAGGCUUCCCUUCGUUUCAGGCACCUCGGCCCCUGGACAGCGAAUGGUCUGCGCGCCUGGUGAUGAGCGUGCAUGCAGCUGGCCUUUUGAUCGGCAGAGGUGGCAAGAGGAUCAAGCUCCUGCAAGAGGACUCUGGAGCACAUAUCCAGUUCCACGCAGACCCGGAGUUCGGCCGUGAUCUGCGUGUGGCGGAGCUGAGGGGUCCACCUGCGGAGCUGCAGGACGGCCUGGAGCUGCUGGUGUCGGAGCUUGGCCGCCUGCCUAGCGCGCUGGCGCCGAAAAUUCAGCUCAUGGUGCCGGAGGAGCCCUUGGCCAGUGAGUGCUUGGCGGAGGCGCGGAAGUUCGCCGCCGCGGUGCUGGAGCCUUGCGAAGGCGGCCAGCUGCUGGUCCUUGAGCCCUCCAAUGAAGCGGUUGCCCGGCUGACGGGCUGA